AUGGAUAAAGGCUCCGCGGGCGCGUCGACUUCGAGUUCGAACGGCGAGGAGCGCAUCUCCGCCGUGGUGACGGAAGGUCAGUCGCCCGUGCCGAAAUCAUGACUCCGCGCCCCUUCAGCCGGUACGAGCCGCGGAACGCAGCGGCAUAAAAACGUUCCGCGCUCUGGCGCUCUGAACGUUGACGCCGCGACUUAAAAUUCAACCGCACCAAAACCGGCCAAAACGCCUGAGGCGGACCCGGGGACCGCCGCGACUCCCCCGCGGCACGCAUAUCUCCCGCCGGGCCCGGCUCGACGAGUCGCGCCCGAGAUCCGAGAACCGCCCGCGGCACCCAGAACUCAACUUUCAACCGCACAGGCAACUCGAGCCCGCAAUCGACCAGCGGCGCGAACUCGCCCGCCCGUUUGCCGAGUGUAGAAAGACCGGCACCGGACGAGACCGAGACGCCGCCGGCGCGCACUCGCAGCGCGCCGCGCGGCGGCGAGCCCUCGUUGCCCGUCUGGGCGACGCGCGCCUGGGACUUGCAGGGCCCGGCGCCGACGAUCAUCGACGCGGCGCGCGCCGCGGCGGAGAUGUCCCGCAUCGAGGAGAAUCCGACGACCGCGGCCGAAGCGUCAGCCGCUGCGGCGGCGGCGCGCGGCGAACGACCGAUCGUCCCCUCGAAGCCGCGCGGCAAGGCUACGACCGCGGCCGCGCGCGUCGCGGCCCAGCGCGAGAAGGCGCCCUUACGAAAAGGCAAGUGGACGCAGGAGGAGGAGCUGUUCACGGCGGCGGUCAUUCGCGAAUUCGAGCGGGGCAUGCUCGCCUGCCCCGCCGGGACGACGCUGCGCAGCUACCUCUCGGAGAAAUUGCACUGCGACCCGAUGCGCAUCACGAAGAAGUUCGCGGGCGACGCGUCGAUCGGCAAGCGCGUCUUCACGCCCUGCAAGCAGACGCCCGAGCUCCAGGAGGAAGCUCGCAGGGUGCGAGCCGAGCUCCGGGACAUGGAGCGGCGCUUCGCGGCGCACCUCCAGCACGCGUCGCUGGCCUACGCGGCGUCGUCCGCUCUGAAAGGAAGGGGCCGCGCCGGGUCGCUCUCCGCGCUGCACCGGCGGCCGCGCUUCGACGCGCACCGCGCCGUCGCCGUCGACCACGACGGGCGGCUGCUCCAGCGCGCGCGGGGGCCGUCGUCGCUCAAGCGCGCGCGCGACGACGCGUCGCGCGUCGCGCCGGACCCCCAGGACUCGCAGUUAUUGCUGGACUUCUUCGUCGCGGUGCGCGAGCGCUGCUCGGCGAGCGGGCCCGAGGCCGCGGCGGCGUCGGCGCCGCGGUCGCCUUCCCGACUGGCGCCGUCGUCGACGCCGUCGUCGCCGCCGCGGGCGCGCGCGCGCUCCGACGGCGGGCCCGAGGCCGCCGACGCGCCGCCGCCGCCGCCGCCGGACGCCGUCGCCGGCGAGACGAAGGACCGCAGCGACUCGUGCGCGACGCGGCCGCGCACGCCGACGCUCCCGAACCUGGACGCGCCGGAGGCGAUGCGGUGCUGA